CCCGGCUCUACCAUGUCCCGGCCACGGCAUUCUAAGUUUGAGGGACCUGGGGUACAUGCAUCUCCAGCGAGUCCGGGGUACAUCCAUCCCUGAGUCAAUCCCGGAUGCAUUCUCGGGGAUAACGAGUCCUGCAACUCAUGCAUCGGCUUUAUGCAGGAUGGAGUCAGAUGGAUUCUCGACGGAGAAAUAGCGUCUGGGCGCUAUUUAUCUACCAAGAAUGACUAGUAUGUUGAAUAUAUUAACUAGAUAGGCGGAGAGGAUGUGCCCCUCCCCUCUCCUGAGCCAGGUAGGGGAUCGCAAGCUCCUGCUACACUGUCACACUAUCUAGUCAUUGUUGGCUGUGAUCAUGGCAGGGAGCCUUGUUUCCGGGGCCCUUUGGCUCGCAUUGAUCGCUGGCGUGUCUGCGUUUCCCGGCGAGCGCCAUAUUGUCCAGAGGGAUGUUGGCAAUUCGUCCUCGGCUCCGUCGGUGACUCUCAACAACACUGUCUUUGUGGGACGCUCGUUGCCGGAGUUCGACCAGGAAUUGUUCCUGGGAAUCAAAUUCGCCGAUCAACCAGUCCGAUUCACCCCCUCGACGCUGAAGACUACCUACAGUGCCAAUGAUAGUGAUUCGGGACCCUAUGCGUCGGGCGUGGAUGCGUCGGGUGCCGUGCUCUACAAUGCUACCGAGUAUGGGUACGAUUGUCCCGGAUACGGGUCUGAUAAUGUGGAGCUGGCGGAGCUGGGCUGGGCCAAGUUCAAUGAGAACUGUAUGAAUCUGAAUGUUAUCCGUCCGAAGCGAGAUUCGGACGAGUUGCUGCCGGUGAUGAUCUGGAUCUUCGGAGGUGGCUGGAUGGAGGGAGCGACGGCGGAUCCGAGGUACAAUAUGAGUUAUAUUUUGCAUCAGGGAGCCUUGAACGAUAAGCCUGUGCUGGGGGUUUCGAUUAAUUACCGCGUUGCGGCGUUUGGGUUCCUCAACUCUGAGGAAGUCAUGGCUUCAGGAAACACGAACCUAGGUCUACGUGACCAGCGCGUAGCCUUGCAUUGGGUCAAGCAAAACAUCGAGGCCUUUGGGGGAGACCCGGAGAAAAUCACAAUCUGGGGAGAAUCGGCAGGUGCUUACAGUGUCGGAGCCCACUUGGUCACGAAUGAUGGCGAUAACGAGGGCCUUUUCCGGGCCGCCAUCAUGGAAUCUGGAAACGCCGUUGGACCUCCGUGGAACGGCACGGACUGGUACCAGCCCAUGUAUGACCAGCUUGUGAACGCAACCAACUGCACCACAGCCACAGACACCCUCCAAUGUCUCCGAGAAGUCCCGUUCGACUCCCUCUAUGCCGUUGCCUACGACGGCAUCGAAUGGUUCGGCACCAUUGACGGAAUCUUCCUCAAAGAAUUCCCCCAGAUCAGCAUCACAGAGGGCCGCUUCGCCAAAGUGCCCAUCCUCCAUGGCACCAACACCGACGAGGGCGUCAGUUUCGGCACGACAGGCACAAACACCGACGCCGAGUGCAUUCAGCAGCUGACGGCAUCCAAACGCUGGGUCCUCAACCCAGACCAAGCAACCACCAUCCUCAGUCACUACCCCAACAUCUCCGCCCUCGGCUGUCCCUACGGCUGGGGCAACGUGACCUGGCCCGCUCGCGGAUACGAAUAUAAACGCUACGAGUCCAUGGCCGGCGACAUCUGCAUGUUCGCUCCGCGACGCCUCCUGGGACAGCACAUGGCCCAGUACGAAGAGAACGUAUAUGCCUACCGCUGGGACGUGGCCGCCUUGAACGAUACGUCCGUCAUCGGCGUGGAACAUUUCGCUGAGAUCCCCUUCGUCUUCGCCAACCCCAUCCAAAACAUCACCGCGCUGGGUAGUGAUCCCGCGCGUCUCAGUCUCGGGAAUCUAGCGGCCCGGAUGUGGACGGCUUUUGUGUCGGAUUUGGAUCCGAAUGGACAUGGUGUAUCCGAUAUCCCGCAAUGGCCAAAAUAUGACCCGGCCGACCCCUACAAUUUUGUCUUCCGGUUGCCGAGGAAUGAGUGUUAUGUGGAGGCAGAUACGUACCGGGCUGAGGGGAUGGAGUAUAUUAAUACGAUUGUUCGGUAG